AUGGGGAGCGAGGCUGAAAAGAUAUUCACUUCGUUCAACCUAAGUGAAGACAAAAAGAAAAGCUACGAGGCGGUGCUUAAGAAGUUUGACGAGUACUUUAUUCCCCGCCGCAACAUCAUACAUGAGCGGGCUUGUUUCUAUCAGCGCGGCCAGCAGCCCGGGGAAACGGCAGAGCAGUAUAUCCGUGUUUUGUACGAGGUGGCGGAGCAUUGCGAGUUUGGCGAUAAGCGGGAUGAGCACAUCAGAGAUCGCUUGGUAGUGGGCAUUCAAGAUAAAGAGCUGUCCCGUAAGUUCCAACUCAAAGCAGACCUGACGUUACAAGAGGUGACUGAACAAAUUCGCCAGGCAGAAGAGAUCAACAAGCACGUCAGCCUCCAGUCCAGCGCGCCAGAGGCCAUGGCGGUGAACAUGGUCCGGCGGCAGAGCGGACCUCACACGGACAGACAGGGGCGUUAUAGACCGCGCCAAGAUGCAAGCAGCCGGCAGGGAACAUACAAAAUGGAGGGCUGCGGGAAAUGCGGUGGACUGCUGGACACAGAGCCAGUGAAGAUAGUUCUACAAGAGGGUGCCCAGCCAUAUGCAGUACAUACAGCCAGACGGAUUCCCCUGCCCCUCGUCCCUCUGGUAAAGAAGGAGCUGCACCGAAUGGAAAGCGAAGGCAUCAUUGAAAAGCGCUUGGCGAAGGCUCUGGCAGUCAUCAAGGCAGCAGGGCUCAAGUUGAAUGAACGCAAGUGCAAGUUUCGGCGGGACCAGAUUCGCUUCCUCGGACACGUCCUCGACAAGAACGGCGUUCGUCCUGACCCGGACAAAGUCGCAGGGAUUGAGAAUUUCCCUCAGCCACAGAACAAUACCGAGCUGAAAAGGUUCCUUGAGCAGAGUUACGGAGAUGAGAAUUCCCACCAAGACGUAGCAGCACACAUAGAUGUAGUCAUUAGUCAGGUGCCAGCCACCUCUCAGAGAAUCAGUGAGAUCAGGGAGAGCACUGCUAAUGAUCCACAGCUACAGACUGUUCGUAGUUUUAUCAAAUCAGGGUGGCCAGAGUACAUAGACAAGGACAACCUGAAACCAGGCUGGCCUGAUAUGGACAAAAUCCAACAGGCUGAUGCCUCAGCUAAACAGAAGCAGGCACACUUCUACAAUCGCAGACACGGAGUGCGUUGUCUGCCACCACUGAGCCCAGGGGACCCUGUGCUCACUAAACUGGAUGGACAAAAACAGUGGACGAGGCCAGCUGUCAUUCAAGGUACCAGCUCCACUCCCAGGUCUUAUAUAGUGGAGACUGCACAGGGUGAGCGCUACAGGAGGAAUAGGCGCCACCUGCUAGCCGUACCUCACAGGGCCACACCUGAAAAUGUGGAUCCUGUUGCAAACUCACAGACUGUGGACUCUGAGAUGACCAACAAGGAGCCCGCAGUUAUUACACUAGAGACUGUUACAUCCGGAUCCGGGAUGACUCGCUCUGGUAGAGUUAGCAGACCAGCAGCUAAACUUGACUUGUAA